AUCGCUGCUGCCGCGGCUGCUGUGGCGGAGGGAGGGAGGACUGUGUGACAGGCGGAGGUGAGGGUGAGGGGGGCACACACACACACACUCACCCACAGGCGAGCGGUGAGGCGGGGGAGCUAGAGGCAGAAAGUGGCUUGUCGGUGUGUUGCUGCUGUCGAACGCGGGGCAGGUUUUCCGGGGUCAGCGCGGGAGCCGGACACUAAUGAUCCGGAGAAGCAGCAGCCGCAGCCGCAGCAACAGGGCGCCAGGCGACAUGUCACGGAGCGAGUCAGCCGCGAGCGGAGGGAGGCGCGACUGGUAGCCCCGCACACCCCGCUCAACCCCGCACACCGCAACGCGGAAAAAAACAAACACCCAGCGGCGGCGGCGGCGAGAGAAAUGCGAGUGGUGCGAAGCGACCGGAGCCAAACGAAAUGGGAACGAUGUAGCGUCGCUGCUGCGGCAUCUCGCAUAGCUAGAACUCACGUUAGAGUAGAGAUCAGAUAGCCGAAGAGCUAGCAGGUCAAACUCGCGUACAUGUAAAGUUACUGCCCCGGCGGAGGCUGAAGUGGAGCCCGGGAAGCGUCUGUUGCAUCAGAGGAGUUUCACCCGAGAGAUAGAAGCAGAGAAAAAGGGGAAGAAGAGGAAGAUGCUGCGGAGAAGAAUCAACCGUCUGCUCGGCAGGGAUGAGAGAAGAGCAGACAGUCGGACUAUCAAUGUUGGACAUCGGUCAGGCUCCUCCAAUGAGGCCAUCAUCCCAGCCAAGUUCUGUGAUAACAGGAUUGUGUCCGCAAAGUAUACGGUUUGGAACUUUCUUCCGAAGAACCUUUUCGAGCAGUUCAGAAGAAUUGCAAAUUUCUACUUCCUUAUCAUCUUCCUGGUGCAGGUGAUAGUUGACACUCCCACCAGCCCUGUCACCAGUGGCAUACCCUUAUUUUUUGUGAUCACAGUAACGGCUAUCAAGCAGGGCUAUGAGGACUGGCUACGGCACAAGGCUGACAAUGAGGUGAAUAAGUACCCGGUGACAGUGCUAGAGGAUGGCCUCAGGAUACGGAAGGAGAGCGAGAAGAUCAAGGUUGGAGAUGUUGUGGAGGUGGAGGAAGAUGAGACCUUUCCCUGUGAUUUGAUACUGCUGCAGUCGUGUCGCGAUGAUGACACAUGUUUCGUUACCACAGCAAGUCUGGAUGGAGAGUCCAACCAUAAAACACACUACACAGUGCCGGACAUAGAGAAGGAUCUGGAAUCUCUCAACGCCACCAUCGAGUGUGAACAGCCACAGCCUGACCUUUACAAAUUUGUUGGCCGAAUGCACCUCUACACAAAUAACCAGGAGCCUGCAGUGAGGUCUUUGGGCCCAGAAAACCUACUGCUGAAAGGAGCCACAUUAAAGAACACUCAGAGGAUCUUUGGUGUUGCAGUUUACACUGGCAUGGAGACGAAGAUGGCUCUCAACUACCAGGGAAAGUCUCAGAAGCGCUCUGCUGUGGAGAAGUCGAUCAAUGCGUUCCUUCUUGUUUACCUUUGCAUAUUGGUGAGCAAGGCCCUAGUGUGCACGACACUUAAGUAUGUAUGGCAGGGCAAACCCGGACAAGAUGAGCCUUGGUACAACGAGAAAACCCAGAAAGAGAAGGACACCAAUUUAUACCUUAAGAUGUUCACCGACUUCCUGUCCUUCAUGGUGCUCUUCAACUUCAUCAUUCCAGUGUCCAUGUACGUGACAGUUGAGAUGCAAAAGUUUUUGGGAUCCUAUUUCAUCACAUGGGACCAGGACUUCUUUGACCCAGAAAUCGAGGAAGGGGCCCUGGUCAACACCUCAGACCUCAACGAGGAGCUGGGCCAGGUGGAGUAUGUCUUUACUGACAAGACGGGCACCCUCACUCAGAAUAACAUGGAGUUCAUCGAGUGCUGCAUCGACGGCUUCCAGUACAGAUACCAAGACGCAAACUCAGAGGUGGACGGUCCCUGUGUCACAGAUGGACCUCUGAACAAACUACAGCAGAAAGCUGGCAGGGAGAGGGAAGAGCUGUUUCUGCGAGCCCUGUGCCUGUGCCACACAGUCCAGGUGAAGGAGUCGACAGAGCAGAGUCGAGACCAAGUGGACGGACUGCCAGACCGGGUGGAUGGCUUAGGGGUGGAUGGAGAGGGGAUUCAUCCACCACAGGAGCAGAUAGGCCUCAUAGCCUCCUCACCUGAUGAAGUUGCUCUGGUCAAGGGUGCCAUGAGGUACGGCUUCACAUUUCUGGGUCUUGAAAGUAAAACCAUGAAAAUUCGCAACAGGAACAACGAUGUUGAAAUGUAUGAACUACUCCACGUGCUGAACUUUGACCCAGUGAGAAGGCGAAUGAGUGUCAUAGUCAGAGCCAAAUCAGGUGAUACAAUCCUCUUCUGUAAGGGAGCGGACUCGUCCAUCUUCCCCCGUGUCAGACAGGAAGAGGUUGAAAACAUCCGCAUGCACGUGGAGCGUAAUGCAAAGGAGGGCUACCGGACUCUGUGUGUGGCCUACAAAUAUCUCAGUGCAGAGGAGUACAACCAGGCAGAUAAAGGACUGAAGGAAGCUAGACUGGCUCUGCAGGACAGAGAAGAGAGGCUCAUGGCUGUUUACAACCAAUUGGAGACUGGGAUGAGUCUGAUAGGAGCCACUGCUGUAGAGGAUCGGCUUCAAGAGGAGGCUGCAGAGACGAUGGAGGCCCUGCAGGGGGCAGGCAUGAAGGUGUGGGUCCUAACGGGGGACAAGGUGGAGACAGCAAAGUCAACUUGUUAUGCUUGUAGACUGUUCCAGAGAAAUACAGAGCUGUUGGAACUGACAGUGCGCACUCUGGACGAAGGAGGAAGGAGGCGCGAGGAACGGCUGCAUGACCUUUUGACUGAAUAUCACAAAAAAACUGUGCAGGAUGCCCCACCAGCUAAAGCAGGCGUCACCAGGAGCUGGUCUUCAUCAAACCAGGACUUUGGUUUUAUCAUAGAUGGAGCUACUCUGUCCAUGGUGCUCAACCCCUCCACUGAGUCCAACGCACGACUCUACAAGAGCCUGUUCCUGCAGAUCUGUCAGAACUGCACAGCUGUUCUCUGCUGUCGCAUGGCUCCUCUACAAAAGGCACAGAUAGUUAAAAUGGUGAAGAACUCAAAAGGCAGCCCAAUCACUCUUUCCAUUGGAGAUGGUGCCAACGAUGUCAGCAUGAUCUUGGAAGCUCAUGUUGGCAUUGGCAUUAAAGGUAAAGAGGGCCGGCAGGCAGUGAGGAACAGCGAUUAUGCCAUCCCCAAACUCAUGCACCUCAAGAAACUUUUGUUGGCUCAUGGGCAUCUCUACUAUGUUCGCAUUGCACACCUGGUGCAGUAUUUCUUUUACAAGAACCUUUGCUUCAUCUUACCUCAGUUUUUGUACCAGUUCUUCUGCGGCUAUUCCCAGCAACCCCUGUAUGGUGCGGUCUAUUUGACGAUGUACAACAUCUGCUUCACCUCUAUGCCCAUCCUGGCUUACAGCCUCUUGGAGCAGCACAUCUGCAUUCAGGAUCUGCUGGACAAUGCUACCCUCUACAGAGUGAUUGCCAAGAAUGCCAUGUUACGUUGGAGGCCAUUCCUCUACUGGACAUUGCUGGGAGUCUUCCAUGGUUUGCUCUUCUUCUUUGGUGUUCGCUUUCUGUUCAGUAACCCAGCUCUGCAGGACAAUGGCCAGGUUUUUGGAAACUGGUCAUAUGGAACAAUCGUCUUCACAGUCCUUGUCCUCACCGUCACACUUAAGCUUGCUCUGGACACGCGACACUGGACGUGGAUCAACCAUUUUGUGAUCUGGGGAUCUCUGGCUUUCUAUGUGUUUUUCAGCUUCCUCUGGGGAGGAACAAUAUGGCCUUUCCUGAGCCAGCAGCGUUUGUACUUUGUGUUUGCCAACAUGCUGAGUUCAGUGUCAGCCUGGCUGGUGAUCAUCCUCCUCGUCCUGCUCAGUCUACUGCCAGAGAUCCUGCUUGUGGUGUUCCGCAAGACCCACAGCCCCAACACUCGACAGAAGAAGCUGGUUCAGUCGAGCGUGGGGGGACUCCAGUCUCCCCAGUCUUCAGCCAGACCCCUGCUCAUGAGAACCUUUUCUGAUGAGUCCAAUACUGUCACUUAAGCAGCUCUCAGAUGGUCGCCUCCUACAAACAUCCAGAAUGCACCAGUCUCUCUAAUAUCGCACAAGACUCUGAAGGUGUGUGAGUAAAAGGCAGCAAGGACUCACAGCAACAGUGGCAUCUGCCACAUUCAGGAUGUCGUGCCAGUUGGUCGGAGCUGACCUGAAAAAAGGAGGAGGAGAAGAAGAAGAGGAGGAAAAAAUCUGAAGAAAAAGAGAGUUGCUGACUGGGGGGAUGGGAUGUAAAGGGAUUAAGCAGCCUUUUGACUUGUGUGUUUCUGCUCCGUCCUUCUCUGCUCAAUCCCAAAAUCUCCUAAACCCCCCAUGCAUGCCUGCAGAGCAGUGCCCUGCAUAAUUUUCAAAGAUAUCUAAUAAGAUGCCAGGCAUGAGUUUUCUUUCUUUUUACUCAUUUUUUUUUUUUUAAAUACUAGCUUCCAAUUGAAUGCAUACACUUCUGCCUUGUCAGUAGCUCUAUCUAACUGCUGUGUUUUAACAAGCAGUUGUGAUAUCCACUCCAAGAAUGGUUCACCUGCAUGAAAGAAGGCUCAAAAGAAAGCUUUCCUCCACUGAUGUUCAGUCACUGUGUCCUCCUAAGUUUUUAUAAAGACACGACGAUCCCUUUCUCACUAGUUACACUUUAAAAAGGUUAUUCUACUUUACAGUUAAAACGCUUUCAAUGGUUAUUCUUAUCUUGUUUCUCCAGAUAAUAUUCUCAUCCACGGGUUCAAAAUGAAGAAGUUACUGAAUAUGAUUUCAAUCCAGCUCAGAGCUGCAAACGGGUUUCAGGACGAGCUAAAACAGACCAUGUUACCACUCAAUCCAAAAAGUGUGUGUGUUUGUGUGUGUGCGCGCAUGUGAAUGCAAGAUUGAGAUAUAGAGUAGAGACAACAAAGCCUAUCCUGGCAAUGAAACUAUGCCUCCAUCCUCAGAGAUAAUUUAAGAGAGUCCAAUUUAGAUGAGAUAUUUAAUAUAUGUGUUGUACUGUAUAUAAUUAAGAGAUGAAUGACAGCAUCUGCUCAAAGCCAAAAAAAGAUGAACCUAAUAUGAUUCGAUUCGGUGACCUGGAAGAGACCACUUGUCGUGUGUCCUGUGCAACUUGUACUGGUUGAGAAAAGUGAGAUAUGUCUGUGUGUAUGUGUGUGAAGAGUACCGGAAUUACUUGAACCUCGUUGAUGUAGUUCGGUCGGACGGUUCCAGCACUACUGAGGACCGUUUCCUCAUUGCGUAGACGACACAUGUUUAUUCAGUAUGUCUGAGCAUACGUAUGCACAUAUCUGAUGGCUGAGAACGUUACGCACACAGUCACCACACACGUACACUCGAUACACACAUGCACUAGAGCCUAAAUGAGGUAUUUACUGUAUGUUCAUUUAUCCAUCACCUAGUUCAUGUACUGCUUCUCGGUCUCGCUGAAGUCGGGAUGUAAAGAGAACCGACUCCAGACCGGCAGAGUCGUUUCUGUUCGCGUGAGGCAACACACUCCGUCCUCUUCCUUGUUUGUGGACUGUUCGGCCUUUAACCUCUUCCGUCUAGUGCUUCAUACAUUCCAUUCCAACUUGCCAUUGUUUCAAACUCUUAAAGAUACUGCUUUGAAAUGCUUUGUUUUUUCUUCACGGACGUGUAUUGUCCAUUUGCCAUAUUUAUUGUUAAGUGUAAUUUGAGUCACAAAGGUUAUAUUUUAUUACACGGCGCGGAGUGCUCAGCUAUGUCGGUCGUUUGAGUUUUGCCUGUGUUACUCCAGCCCUGAUGUCAGCCCGUGCCAAUCCAAUGAUUGUCUUUGUCAUAUUUACAAAGACAGGCAGCCCCCCCCCCCCUCCUAAUCCCACACUCCCAACAUCCAAAAGUCUCCCUCUGAACCAGUGCCACUCCUUGUGCUCAAUGAUGUAACUCUUGGUUUAAACUGAUUAUUGGGUAAUUUUCACUACAAUGAUACGUGAGUUUUGUUACAGAAUCUAUCAGUAUGUUGAUUUGAAAGUUAAAAAAACUCCAGCACAAUACUUUUAGUGCUGGUCUUGUAUUUCGCUCCACUGAUUGUAGCCUGCCAUAUCUGAUACGGUGCAUCUGCGCAAUGGCACAUGCAGUCAUACUACCUAGUGGAGAUUUAAAUAAAGUUAAUGUUGAUCUGUUUAUAAUUGAAAAAUGUACGUGCAUUUCAGCUUUUUUUUCUACUUUAAAGUCUGUUUUAUUGAUGUUUGCGGAGGAGGCAGUUUUGACUCUGACUGCUCUGUGUUGGAGAUGUCCUGGAUGUGAGGGGACCCAUCAAGAGGGGCUGCCUGCUUUGUUUAAUGAAAAAACCUUUAAGUGACAUCAGAGAUGCUAUUUUCUUGUUAUCUAAUUUUUUGCCUGUCUAAUGAAAACUAUAAAAAGAAUGACCUGUAUUUUUAAUGCAACCUUUUUCCAGCCACUUUUUGUACGAUAACCAAAAUGUCCCAAAAAAAGCGCGAGAGGCUCUGUGGCUGUGGACGCUGUCUGUGAGGGGGGGAGGUGGACACCUUCAGGCAGCGACGUGUCGCACAGCAGGGACACCCCCGCCACCUCCAGCCCUCCAGCUUUCUCCAGCCUCGACACUCCAAACCUCGAAGCUGAAUGUACCUCUUUGAAACUAGUGUAUUGAAAACCCUGAAGUUCUUCUGUAAUAAAGCAGAAUGUUUUGAAGAUACAA